AUGUCAGACCCAAGUAUCGAGAUGCCGUCGUACCCCGAAACUCCCCCAUCCACCGCCCAAACCAUCCCAGACUACCCGAAGACACCAGAUGAGUCCGACGAUGAGGCCAAUUCUCCCACUGCGACACUUGAGAGACCUCUCAAACCGCGCUCCAGUCUCGCUCGUCGUCCACGAGCCUCUUCUUCUUCAACCCUCCCCUUCAGCGGCCGCUUCGCUACACCACCUCACCACCCAAGACAACAAAUGCCCAUAGCUUCCAACAGAAUUCAACGACGUCGCCCAGCUGUAGGCGGUCAUCAGCGGGCAGAAAGCUUCGAAUACUAUCUAUCAUCUACUCGACGCCUUACACGUCGCAAUCCCAGCAACGACGAAAUCACCACCUUGAACUUUGCCAACAGGUUCCUUUCUCAGCGAGGACAGGCACUUGCGCCGACUUCUGGAAGCGUGCUGAGAGACUCGCCUCCACUGUCUCGGCGCCAGCAUAUCGAACAGCUGGAGCAGCGUGUUGAAGCUCUCCAGAUGCCAUCGCAGGGAGAGUCGGAUAGGCCGCGAUCUUCAGAGCCUCGUCACGCUGUGGCAUUUUCAACCCGCGCUACCCAGAUCAACACCUCACGCCGUCCUUGCGAAGAACCCGAGGAGGGUGCAUCGUCCAUCGUACCAGUCUGUCACUGGUCAGAUGAGUCCGAUUAG